AUCCACAGCACGACCUGAUGGGGUGCGCAUCACCGGUGGCUAGACGCUGGAAGGAAGCUCAGUGAGCACAGGAGAGAGAGAGAGAGGGAGAGAGGGAGGGAGGGCUCGGAGGGAAAACCCCCAGGGGAAGGAGGAGCUGGGAAUUCAGCCAACUUGGCGGGACUUGCCCAAGAGCCGGCCACCCCCGCGGGGUCCCGCGUCUCCCGCCGCACCCACCAGUCGCCGUCCCAAGCAAAAGCGAAAGGAAGCCGAGUGGUCCCGCGUGGCGUGGCGUAGGCGGGGAGGUGGCCGCGCGCUCUAGUUCCGCGGGACCCGGCUGCCGCUUUGUGACUUCACCGGUUUCGCAACAAGCCAGCACUGCCCGUGCCCCACCCACCCGGCUGUCCGUCCGCCCUCCGCCCACUCGGCUCUGAGCGCGCUUCCCUCCCUCCGGGGCUGGGCCUGCCCUGGCCGUCGCGGAGCCUCUGUCCUGCCGUGCGUUAGCUGUCUGUGUCUUGGCCACCGCCUCCAGGCAGCCCGCAGCAAGCCUGCUUCGUCUUCCGACGAGCUCAGCGCCCUCUCACCGCGAUGCUGUGCUUCCUCAAGGGAAUGGCUUUCGUCCCCUUCCUCCUGGUGACUUGGUCGUCCGCAGCCUUCAUUAUCUCCUACGUGGUCGCGGUGCUCUCUGGGCACGUCAACCCCUUUCUCCCCUAUAUCAGUGACACAGGAACAACUCCUCCAGAGAGUGGUAUUUUUGGAUUCAUGAUAAACUUCUCUGCAUUUCUUGGUGCAGCUACGAUGUACACAAGAUAUAAGAUAGUGGAGAAGCAGAAUGAGACCUGCUACUUCGGCACUCCUGUUUUUAACCUGGUGUCGUUGGUGCUCGGAUUGGUGGGAUGCAUUGGAAUGGGCAUUGUAGCCAACUUCCAGGAGUUAGCGGUGCCUGUGGUUCACGAUGGCGGUGCGCUUCUGGCUUUCGUCUGCGGUGUGGUGUACACGCUCCUGCAAUCGAUCAUCUCCUACAAAUCAUGUCCCCAGUGGAACAGCCUCACUACGUGCCAUGUCCGGAUGGCCAUCUCCGCUGUUUCCUGCGCAGCUGUCGUCCCCAUGAUUGCCUGUGCUUCACUAAUUUCUAUAACCAAGCUGGAAUGGAAUCCAAAAGAAAAGGAUUAUAUGUAUCACGUGGUGAGCGCCAUCUGCGAGUGGACCGUGGCUUUUGGUUUUAUUUUCUAUUUCCUAACAUUCAUCCAAGAUUUCCAGAGUGUCACCCUAAGGAUAUCCACAGAAAUCAAUGAUGACUUUUGAAAGAGCGAGAAUCCUGUCUCACUCAGGGAGUGUCACAGACAGUUUCUGGAAGUGGACAGAGGACAGACGGGCUUGGAUGUCACCCUGAUCGGGACUUAUCUGUGGCACAUCCGGGACUUGAAUUUUAUUAAGAGUUCCUAGUAGUAGUUCAAUUUACAAAGGUAUGUUUCCCUGGAGAAUGGAUAGCACCAACGACACUAUAGCGAUAUUUUUAUAUUUUCUAAGACAGUCUUUUAUGAACAAAUUCAUAUGCAGAGAAGAUGAGGCAUUAUAGAGGGGAUGAUUAUUCUUGUAUAAAUUCUUUAGGCUUUUUAUGUAAGAAUGAUUUAUGAAAACACUAAGAGAAAAAAUGUUAAGGUUAGUACUUUUUAUUAAAGAAGCCAAAUCAAGGGAUAUUCACUUUAAAAUUUCAUUUUUUAAAAAAAUACAGUGACCUGCAUACAUUUUCAUCACAAGAGCAUUUAUACAAUUCAAUUCAUAGUGAUUAUAUGCCCAAAUGGUACAGAUUUAGGUAGUAAAUGAACAAUCUAAAUUUUUAGUGCAUUAAACAGAUGCUUUUACAGUUAAGGCCUCAAAUCCAUUUACAGUGCACAUUAACCAGCGAAUGUGGAAGACCUCGGUUUGAAAACUCAGCCUCCUCAUUGGCUUCUCCCCCACCCACAGCUUUACUGCCUCUGUUAACUGGUGGGCCCGGGAACUAAUGCCAGGUAGGAUGGGCUCAUCAGGGCAGUUUAGAAAUGAUCAAACUGCCCUUCGCUGUGACCCGGCAUCACAAGUGAGUUUAUCACUUCUCAGUUUCCCCGUAAGCCAGUCAAAGAGAAUGCAGAUCCAAGUCAGGGAGAAAGGAGAGCGCCCGUAGAAACUUCCAGAUGUAGGCUGCUGUUUAUUUGCUCCGUUCAAUGCCCGCGGGCCGCUGUUCUAUGACACUAUAGAGGAGAUGAGUCGAGCCCUUCCCGCAAGGCUUGGAGACUCCACCUUUCAUCCAGUUCACCUAUGACAAAGAAACACCAGCUGUUGUCGAGGAAGUGGCUAACAAGACCCCCAGUUCCAUAUCUAAGUCUGGGCAAGUGGGACCGGCCCCGAGGGCACGUGCCAAGGGCAGAGCAGCAGCCCAUCUGGACAGCCUUGGUGAAGGGGCAUCCCGAGAUCGAGGGGCGUGCAGCGGUGCCUCCUUAGGCUGCUAAGUGAAGAGUGCGGCUCAGCAGCCACUUCCGCCAUGACAUCCUGUGUCUUGCUCAGUGUGCAGUGGCGGCAGCCAACAUCCAUUUCUGAGUCCCUUGUAACAUCCCCAUUGAAAUCCUGAAGCAGAAAGACAGUGGUUGUCCUUCUGAGGAGAGAGAGGAGCGGAUACAUUUCUUGUGGAAGCUGGGGUGGACUGAAUCCGUGCCAUUCUUUGCUCUGAGCAAGAGGAACAUGGUUGAUGCUUUCCCAGAACGCACGUGGCUCUUUUUGCUUCCACUGGAGACCCGACCACGUGCCUUUACCCAGAGUGGAACACAGUGCCUUCUGGCAUACAAUAGGUGCUUAGUAAAUAGUCAUUGAAUGUAUGCAUGCAUAAAUGAAUGAACAAUUCAAGUAAUGACAAGGGAUGUUUGAGGUGCUAAGGGGUUUUAGUUCACGGUUAUUCUAGUGUCAACAGCUAGUCUGUGCCAAUUAGUAAUGUUGUCUGUUUUGCUUUGUGAACUAUUCUUGUUUCAACCUGUUCCAGCUGUGUGGGAUUCUGUGACAAGUCUCUUCUGGACAGAUACCACAGAAAUUGUUACAUGGGCUAGACCUGUCUUGGCAAACUGAGAAGGCCCCAAAUCACCCCAAGUCACACUCUGCAGAUUCCACGCGACUUCUAACGUUAUCCCUGUUUUGGUGUUAUUUUUAAUUUGUACAAAUAUGUAUUUCCUUGGACUUCGUACCUGAGAAAAUAAAAUAGAAUAUUUCUUUAUUUUAGUAA